AUGAACCUAGCAGCAUCAAAUUUUAUUUUUCUCAUGACACUGGGUCUUCCCCAUGCCAUCUUCAUCUUUUACUGGAAAUUCACCUACACAGACAGUGACUGCAGGGCAGACCUUUUUUUAGCCAGAAGCUCCAGGGGCCUAGCCAUCUGCCUGACCUGUCUUCUCAGCUGCUUCCAGUGUGUUACUCUAGCCUCCUCUUCUGUAAGAUGGCUUUAUUUUAAAAUUCGAUUACAGAAAUAUCUUACGCCUGUCAUUGUCUUUCUGAGUCUGUUAAGUUUAACAUCUAGUUUAAAUGCUGCCCUCUACCCAGUGGCUUACUACAAUGCAACAGAUAACCAUUCAUUCAGCUUAGGGUAUUGCUUUGUGCUAUAUCCAACACGAUUUUUAUUCCAAGCCAUUGGCUUUAUCACCUUCUCUCGAGACUUGGUAUUUGUGAUCUUAAUGGCACUGGCCAGCACCUAUAUCCUGUUAAUUCUGCACAGACACAGAAAGCAGAUGAAAGGGAAGAGGAGCUCUGAAAGAAAGCAAGAGGCCACCGCAGAGCAACAAGCAUCCAAGACCAUAGUCACACUUGUGGUUUUGUAUGUGUUCUUUUUUGGACUGGAUAACUCAAUUUGGUUUUAUCAGAUAGCAGUGGGAGAGGCAUUUAAGGAAAUAACUGACAUACGUCAUUAUCUCUCAUUUUGUUUUCCUACAAUUUUUCCAGUCAUCAUUUUGCUUUUCAACCAGAAACUCCAGAAUAAAAUCGGACCCUGUGUGAAAACACAGCUAAGUCAUCUACAAGCAGUUUCUUCCAUACAGUGA